AUGGGGACAGGCUUUAAAGGCAUUCACCUGUGCACCCAGAGGGAAAAACAAACCGGCAGUGCCAUAUGCGAAGGGGAACCAACUGCAGGGGGAGCAGCCAAUUCUGAGCUUUUCCCCUUUAACAAAAUAAAAAGAGAAAUGAACAAAUAUGCGCAGCAAGUGAAAAAGUUUCUGGAGGAAGGCAACAUGAUGAAUUUUUUAUGGGUAUGUAAAAAUGUGUUGUGUAAAAAAAAUAUUAUCCUUUUAACAUUUUUUGUGAUGAUACAAAGUGCAAUCAUUAGCAUUGUAAUCCCCCGUUGUGACAGUUUGAUCUUCCAACAGGUGUCUAACAGAAGGUUCGAUCGUUUUGGGGGUCUUCUGCUGAAUUGUAUUUUGGUGCGAGUGAUUAACAUGUGUCUGUGCGGGCUGCGCAACUACAUUUUCAUGGUCACCAGCUCGGAUUCUCUAAAGGAAGUGAAAAGGUUACUGUUUCAAAUUUAUAUUUAUAAAGAUAGCGAGUACUACGACCAAGUGGAUCACAGCGAAAUUGUGAACAAGGUAACUUUGGAGGCACACGACUUUGCAGAUAUCAUCCCGUAUUAUAUAAUCCCAUUCGUUAGGAAUUUUUUUUCUAUCAUUUUUAACUUUGCAUAUGUGUUUUAUUUAAAUUAUAACUUGUCGAGGGUGAUUGUGAGUUGCUUCUGCGUUUCCUCCCUCCUUACGAUCAUUUCGACCAAGCUGAAGAAGAGGAGGAUAAAGUGCAUAAACAGGGAGAAGGCCAGGAGCACGAAAAUUUCGCUGGAGGCUCUAAACAAUAUAAAUGUGGUCAAGCUGUAUAGUACUGAACUAUACGAGUGUAGCAAAUACUCCCAAUCGUUACAUGACAUUUUGGGUUUUCAAAUUAAGAAGGAGCGGUUUAAUCUCGUCCACAUGGUGGUCAGCAAGCUGUUCGUUUUGCUUACGUAUGUACUCAUUUUGGCCAGGGGGGAGACCCUCCUGCGGGGCAACCAAAUUGACAGGGGCACCUUCACCUCCUUUUUCUUCUACAUAAAUAAUAUUUACUCGUACAUAGAUAUCCUGGACUACUACAUGGACAUCUGCGACAUUGUGAAUCAGUACCGCGGCAUUGUGGGGCUGGUUAAGGGGUGGGCACAGCAGCAGUGCACUUCGCAUAACCAGCACGCUGAACCUUCCCAGAGUAACUCCCCCGCCGCCAACAACACAACUGCGACGCGAAUGGCCCUGCAGGUGGACCCCCCGGCGGAGAGCAACCAACCCGACGUGGUGCUGCACUUCAAGAACGUCUUCUUCAAGUACAAAAAACGAAGCAACUACGUGUUGAAAAAUCUGAAUUUCAAAAUUUUAAAAAACACAAAUAAUGUGAUACUGGGAAAAAGUGGGGGGGGAAAAUCGACGCUGCUCAAGUUGAUGCUAAAUUUUUACAAAUGCUCCAAGGGGAAGAUUUACCUUUAUAAUAAGCCAAUUAGCCAUUAUAAAGGGGGACAAAUUAUGGACGCCGUUUCGUACGUCCAACAGGAGUGGAAGCUACUGAAAGGGACCAUAAAGGAAAACCUCACCUAUGGCAUCACACACGAUUGCAGCAACGGUUUUGAUAUGCUCAAUUUGAUUAACAUUUCCAAGUGCUGCACUUGCCAUGCGUAUAUAAGCAGACUGAGGAAGAGGUACGAGACGGUUAUUUCGAGUAGGACAGAAUUGUUAACGUCCUCUCAGAAGCAGAAAAUUUGCAUCGCCCGGGCGCUGGCUAGGAGUCCGAAGAUCCUCCUCCUGGAUGAGUCCACCUCGGCCGUGGACAAGGACAACGAGCGAGUCAUUUUCCAAAACAUAAGGAAGAACCCGCUUUUUAAAAACCUCACGAUAAUUCGCAUAACGCAUAAGAAGGCCAAUUUGGACUUGGCGGACAACAUUUUCCUUCUGAAGGGUAGGUCCCUCUGGGCGCCCUUCUUCUGCCGCCAUGAGCUGUGCGUGCAGGAGGGGUGA